AUGGCUCGAUCAACCAUCGCCGGCCUCCUAUCGGCCGCCCUUCUCUUCGCUUCCGGUGCGGCCGCCCAUGCCGAGGGUUGCGGAUGUUCCGACGGCGUCAAGCGCGUCACGUACAUCGUAGUCGAGAUGCCCGAGCAAGAGCCCGAGAACUUCCCGAUCUACUCAACCCUUUCCGCCUCCACGACUCUCCAGACUCUGCCCACGCCUACGCCUACACUCGGCGGCCAGUUCGCUGCUCAAGCAGCCCAUGUCAUCGAAGACAUUCCGGCCUACGAGCCCAUCGCCGCGAAGCCCGAGACCCUCCGGCCUGCCGAGAACACCACAUACACUUUCGGUCCCAGCGUCCCUCCUAACGUUGACACCAAGGACCCCGUGAACCUCGUGCCCGCCAAGAAUGUCUCUCUCUACUACUCGGCUGCCGACUCCGAGGAGCAGGGAAGCAUCAACAUGACACUGGCUCUCAACAACCCUGCUGUGGUUCUCGAACAGGUCGAUGCAGUGAAGAGCGUGGUCUGCGGCGAUGAUGAGCUCACGGUCUCCUUCUCUGCGUUGGAGGCCUUCGAUGAGGCCGUCAAGGACUGGUCCGAGUCCGAGGAGGGCUUCAUCUUGAUCACCAACCACUUGGGUAACUGCGAUGCCGAGUUCGAGCGCGGGUUCUUCCUGGCCACCGGCUUGAAGUCCAACAAGGACGACCUCUCCAUCACCGUUGCUGCCUCCAAGGAGGAACUUACCAACAUCGCCGGCCAAUGCGAAAUGUCCUUCUCAUCCUUGCCGGCCGCCACUCUUUCCAAGCGCCUCACUCUCGACCCCAGUGUCUCCCUCUCUUUUGCCGAAGGCCUGGCAGACAACACUGUUCUCUACAGCGACGGUCAAUACAUCAACGUGACCGCUGAUGAAGCCUGGUUCUCCUCCAAGAUCACCUUCUCCGGCUACCUGAAGUACAACUUCUGGGGCUUCAAGCUCGAAGCCCUCUACUUCGACCUCGACACCACCUUCGACUCCGCCGUCGGCAUCUCCGUCGACGUGACCGCCGCCUACAGCCACCAGCUCAAGUACGCCCCCGACGAACUUGCCUACUCCCUUGUCUCCGUCCCCGGCGUCGUCCAGCUCGGCCCCGGCGUCGCCUUCGCCGUCGGCCUCGACUUCGACGUCUCCGCCGCCGUGGGCGUCACCGCCGGCCUGAGCGUGGCCCUUCCCGACGGCAACGUGCACCUCGACCUCCUCGACAGCAGCAAGUCCGUGGCCACCGGCUGGGAGCCCAAGUACAGCAGCUACGCCAACAUCACCGAGGCGGCGGACGUGCGCGUCGAUGCGUCGGCGGACGUGACCGUCCAGCUCGCCAUCAAGCUUCUCGGCGGCCUCGUCGACCUCAGCUCCGGUCUGACGGCGACGCCCGGCUUCGACAACCGCUUCAAGCUGCGCGGAGAGCAGAACCUCGGCCUCAGCGGCAACUUCACGGCCCCGCCCACCCAGGCGAGCGCCGAGGUCCCCAAGGACGGGCUGAUUUGCGCCGAGAAGAACGGCGUCGAGCUGGCGACGGACUUUUACUUCAACCUUACCGCUUUCGCAACCAAGUUCUGGAGCGCGGAGCUGUACCACACCCGCGUGCCUUUGUGGGAUCUGUGCUACAGCUUCUGA